AUGAAGCUACCUCCCAUCGCGGUAGCCUGUCUUUCCGCUCUCGCCAUAGACUCAUGCAGCAACGUCAUCGCGCAACGCCUCAAAGCAUGGAACGAAUCUAAGCCCUUCGUCUUCGACCGCGUCCUCUUUACCCAGUUCGCCAUCAUGGUCGUACUCACCGCGCCCAUCAACUACCACUGGCAGAAUUGGCUCGAGCGCGCGUUUCCGGGCUGGAAGACCGUCAAGCAAACAAGGGCUGUAGGCGAAGGUGAAGAGGAGAAGGGCAUAAUGCUGAGAGGUGAUGGAGAAGGAAAGGGCAUUGUGGAAGAAGAGGUUAGAGUGAGGAACUGGUGGAAUAUUUUCAAGAAGUGGUUUACGGACUGCAUAACCAUGGGCGCGCUACUGAACCAGUCAAUGUUCCUGAUUCUGAUUGGUCUCAUGAAGGGCAAGACAGUUGCGAUGAUUGGGCAGGACUUCAGAAACGAGCUCUUCGGUCUCAUCUUCGAUUCGUACAAGGUCUGGCCGAUUGCCAACUUCUUUAGCACCACCUUCAUCCCUGUCGAGCGUCGUAUUGUCUUCCUCAGCUUCUGCGGUUUACUGUGGAACAUAUAUCUGAGCCUGGUGGCAGCUCGAUUGUAG